CCUCUCUCCACCGUUCCACCGUCGUUGUGGAGACAGCGUUCGCUUUGUGACCGCCCACCGCAACGGGAAAGCCUCUGUUUGUUGUUGUACCACCCGACUUGAAUAGCAUCAUGGGAUUCGGCCAAUUCGACUCGAUAUGCGAGAAGGUGCCACUACCGCUGUGCUCCAUGGUGGGCCCGCCCUCGUCGAUCUCCGGUGCCACGGGCAUCAUCUCCAACUGCUAUGCGCGGAACAUUGAGGUUGCGAAUACAAUCAUAUUCGAAGGUGCCGCCUCGUUUAUGCACAUCAUUGCACUGGCCAUGACGGUGAUCAUGAUUCUUCACAUCAGGUCCAAGUUCACCGCUGUCGGCCGCAAGGAGAUCAUCACCGUCUUCUACAUCUACUUGGCGCUCACGAUUUGCUCUCUCAUCAUUGAUGCGGGUGUGGUUCCUCCGAAGAGCGGGCCGUUCCCGUAUUUUGUAGCAGUGCAAAGUGGUUUGGUAUCGGCUCUUUGCACUUGCUUGCUGGUCAACGGCUUCGUGGGCUUCCAGCUGUACGAGGAUGGCACUGCACUGUCGGUGUGGCUGAUUCGUAUUAGCUCCGUUGCCAUGUUUGCCAUGACCUUCGUGAUCUCUCUGCUGACCUUCAAGUCAUGGGGCGGAUUGGGACCAGAGAACACCGUUGGCUUGUUUGUGGUGCUUUAUCUCUUCAACGCCAUCUGUGUUGCAGUGUACAUCGUCAUGCAAUUGUUGCUGGUUGUGAACACGCUGGAUGACCGCUGGCCGCUUGGCAAUAUUUGUUUCGGCCUGCUGGUCUUCAUCAUCGGACAGGUGAUUCUCUACGCAUUCAGUGAUGUCAUCUGCAACAACGUCCAGCACUAUUUGGACGGUCUGUUCUUUGCCACGUUCUGCAACUUGCUGGCAGUGAUGAUGGUCUACAAGUUCUGGGACUCAAUCACCACGGAAGAUCUGGAAUUCUCGGUCGGAGUCAAGCCGAACACCUGGGAGGUCAAAGAGCUGCUUCCGGAAGAAGAACGGCGUCAAACUGUCUACCAAGACAACAAUUCCGAAUACGCAGGCAGCUUGUACCACCACCGUGCCUCGAAUUACGGCCAUCACAACUACUAAUCGUUUCCCUUCUUUGCGUGUACAUGUGAUCAUUGAUCUGAUGGUAUUCAAAUUCGUCCCAUACAUUUAGCUUUAGGCUUAUUUUCA